ACCACACACCAUGUCUUCUUCAGACACCUCAUCAUUGUCAUCGGCGCCGCCGACAGACGACGAGUCCAUGUCUGGAGUCACAUUCGAGACCAAUGGCAAAAUUACAAAUUAUUUCAAGGAGGAGACUCCUCCGCCUCCCAAGCGCGCACCAUCUCCGCCACACGAAUAUGUCCUCGCAGACAACCCAGAUAUCGCAUUUAUCGUCAUGUUCCGCUCGCGUUUCAGUGAUGUCUUCUCAAAGUCACUCCCACAUUAUGGUCCACAGGAUAUUGAGCGAGGAGUGCAAGAUACAACACCGGGAGAAAAUGUGGAAAAGCUGUUAUGUGCUCUUAUUGGACUGGUUCUCAAUCGCAAGAAAGAUGUCGAGAAAGGACAUUAUCAAAGAGCUCUAGAAGAAGCAGUGCAGACCCAUGCGUCACAAUGGCCCCGUGCUUGGGAAGGGAAGAAUCCUCUGCACGGUGGACGCAACUUCACGACCAUGAAUCCUGAAGAGAGGUUAUGUCUCCUCAAAGCUCUUAUCUUAUGGUCACUUUCCUCCUCCGAUGCGGUCCAAGCGAAGAUCAAAGAAUCCUACAAGCAAGUACGACACGAAGACGAUCUCAACCAACCAUUGUCGGUACAACCAUGGGGAAGGGACGAACUGAAAAGACGCUACUGGCUUGUAGAAGGCCAAGAUGAUACCCAUUUCCGCCUCUAUCGCGAGAGUAACCCAGCAUUGAAGUCAAAUACCUGGUGGAGUGUUGCAGGUACUAUCGACGAGAUCCGAGAAAUUGCAGAGAAGUUGGUACAGGAGAAAUCACAGCAUUCGAAGAAGCUCAGUCAGAGGAUUAUGCAGGCAAUUCCUCGGUUCGAAGCUGGAGAAGAGAAACGAAGACGACGUGAUUACCGACUAGCACGCAAAGCUGCAUUUACUCGUCCUGAACCGGGGUUCUCUCUCUACGAAGGCCGUACGCGUGGCAAAAAGCUUAAAUAUACGUAUUCUGACGAUGAGGGUAUGUUUUCUGAUGACUUACCCGCUACUCGACGAUCAACACGAAACGCAUCUGGUAUCACGACCCCGGGCGAACCCGCAGGGCCGACGAUUACAGCUAGCGGUCGACAGGUGCGAGCUCGUACUGGCGGCAUAUACGGAGAGUCGAUCUUGAGUGGAUUACGAGAAGCGGCAAGUCAUGACGACGAAGAUGAAGAGGUCCACCCUCAGCGUAGUACGCGCGGCCAGAACGGUUACACUUCAAGAUAUGCCAAUGAUACUAGCGAUGAAGAAUCAGAUGCUGCAUCUAGUUGGAAAGGAGACGACGAGUCGAAUAACGAGAAUGACUUUGAAGGCGAUGACGAAGAAGAACCUAGUGAGGAUGAGUCGAUGCUCGAUAUUGAUGAAGAUAAGCAACAUAGUCUGGUUGUUCAUCUUCAUUACGGCAAGACGAAACAGCAACCAAAUUUGAACGAAGGUCCGCUUGCCGAGCCUAAUCCAACUCUUCCAGAUACAAAUACUGCCAAGACAGAGGCCGUGACUGAUCAGUCUAGACAAGUCGAAAAGCCAACUGCAGAAGGACAUUCUCAACCAGAAGCGGCAACAAAUGGGCCAUCAGAGGAGAAGCAACACGAGCAGACCGUGUCCAGCUCAGCAGCAAUUCCUCCGUAUGAAUACUCCAAAGAGAACGUGUCUGCUCAGGGCAUGAAAACCGAGGAUGUGAAUGCCAAAGCUACACAGGAACCUCCGGUGGCACCACUUGAGCCUUCUCGAGUGCAAAAUGGUCAUGAGUAGAUCAUGCUCUCUUCAAUUAUAUUCGGUGAUCGGUUUCAAGCAA